AUGUCGAGGCCGGUUUUACUUUUCUUAUGCAUCGUCUUGCAACUGGCCGUGUCGCUACCCAAAUCGAGCGCCAAGAUCGCGGUCUUCGACGAGUACCUCCAGAAGCAAGCUAAUGAGUCGUACGCGGAGUCUCUAAAGGCAUUCAAUCCUCAUCCAGAAGACCUAACCGACGAAUUCAACGAGCUAGUUGGCGAGAGCUUGGUAGGUGGAAACGACACGAGAAGACAAUUGAGGGGCAACAAAGGUUGCAAGGCCACGAACCCCAUCGACCGAUGCUGGAGGUGCGAUCCCAACUGGGCCAAGAACCGGAAGAAGCUCGCUGACUGCGCACGCGGCUUCGGCCACGAAACUUUUGGGGGCAAAAACGGAAAGUACUACUUGGUCACGGACGCGUCGGACGACAGCGUGGACAACCCGCGUCCCGGAACCCUCCGCCACGCGGUCAUCCAGUCGGAGCCUCUGUGGAUCGUCUUCUCCCAUAGUAUGGUGAUUAAGCUCCGACAAGAGCUAAUCAUGGCUAGCCACAAGACGAUCGACGGUCGAGGCGUGCAGGUCCACAUUGCGUACGGGGCCGGGAUCACGAUACAAUUUGUGCGCAACAUAAUCAUACACAAUGUGUGGAUCCACGACAUUGUGGUGGCCCCAGGUGGGAUGAUUCGAGACUCAGUUGGCCACGUGGGACUCCGAACACAGAGCGACGGCGACGGCAUCAACAUCUACGGGUCGAGCCGCGUGUGGAUCGACCACGUAUCGCUAUCCAAGGGAGCCGACGGCCUCAUCGAUGUCAUUAUGGGCUCCACCGCCAUCACAAUCUCCAACUGCAAGUUCAACCACCACAACGACGUGAUGUUGUUGGGGGCCCACGACACGGACGCGAAGGAUGCGAUCAUGCAGGUGACUCGCCGUGAUUACUCGACACUCGACGAGAGGAAAAAGCGGCAAUGGCGCUCGGAAGGCGAUGCUUUCUUGAAUGGGGCCGGCCUUCUUUAG